GCCAAUGAAUGAUAUCUCACAAAUUGGUUACGUGUUUACGUUAAAAUAUGUAUUCAAAGAUAAGAAAAACAGAUCAUGUAUUUUCAUAUUAGCCUAUGUGUAAGUAAAAAGACCAAGAUGAUAUUUUGAUUCAUUCCUUGGUUUUAAGCGAAAAAAUGCAGAAGUUUUGUGCCGUUACGCUUAUAUGUGUCUAUCUAUUACAUAUUUCGGGUACAACAGCCAAAACUUAUCGCAUAGUUAAUGGCAAAAAUGCUUUAAUCAAAGACUUUCCGUUUCAGCUUUCACUGCGAAUACGAACCAUACACAUAUGUGGUGCCUCAGUUUUAAACGAUGCCUGGGCCAUUACUGCAGCACAUUGUGUUCAUGAUGUAGAGCUGAAGCCCAAAAUGAUAACUUUACGCAUUGGCAGUAGAUAUCGAACUAAGGGGGGCUUAAUAGUACCUGUUAUACAAAUUUAUAACCAUCCUAGUUAUAAUGCGGAAACCAUGAAUUUCGAUGUGGCUUUAUUGAAAGUGAGCGCUAGAUCUUUUCGUCGAAAUGACUUGCCUGUAAAGCCUAUCAAACUACCUACCUUCUCGGCAACUAUGUCGGAUAAUAUGGCUGCCAUAGUUUCUGGUUGGGGCCAUCAGAGUUCAUCCCUUCAUAUUUUAUCAGCGGAAUUAAAAUACACAACGGUGUACACGGUCGAUCAAACAGCUUGUAACAAGAGCUUAUCAGCACAUGGUGGCAUUACGAAUGCAAUGUUUUGUGCCGCUGCACGAAAUACAGAUGCCUGUCAGGGAGACAGUGGCGGACCCAUACAACGUAAUGGCACUUUAAUUGGUUUGGUUUCUUGGGGUGUUGGUUGUGCCGAUCCGUACUAUCCAGGAGUAUACACUCGUUUGUCGUAUGCCCCAAUACGUUCAUGGAUAAAGUUAUUGACAAAACUGUAAGCUCGCAGUAUUACAACAGAUUUUGGUUUUACUAUUUCAAUUUUAACCCAUAUGAAAAAUUUGAAUUCAUUGAAGCUGAACAAAACAAAAAAAAUCUUUUCAAAAAUAUAUA